UGCCUCCUGUGCCUGGGGUUACCAUGGAGACGAGGAGACUCUUGGCCUAGCCGGGAAGCUGCGCUGGGAGCUGGGCGGCUAUUCAGUAGGUGCAAGGAAAUUGUUCUGCAGACAAGCCAACAACGGAGCACUUUGCAACAUGGUGCUGGUGGGAGCAGUACGUGUUGUCCCCAGUGGGAAAGUCUACAGGCAGAUCUUCGACGAUGAGGUGAACUUAGUACGCUCUCUGGAGGAAGUGAGAAACAAGGCAGAGCAACAUAAGUUUCCUAUGAACAGUGGAAGGAUUCCUGUGAUUAGGGACUUGGAAAUGUGUGCUGGGAAAGGACUGUUAUCUCAUCGCCAGCAGAAAUGGGUUGAGGGAAUGCCCAAUGAUGACUUCACUGAAAAUCCAGUGUUGUACAGGGAAAUUACAUUUCGAAAAGCUCAAGAAAGUGAAGAUGUGAUUGCAGCCCGGGAAGUCAGAGGCCUCAGUGAUUUCAUUAUUCCUGAGAAGACAAACAGCAAUAUCAUUGAACGCCUCUCAGAGCGCAGACGAGGCCGUCAUAAUGAAGCAGUGGCUGUGUUACAGCAGGGGUUAGCCUGCAUUGGGAGGGAAAUGGAACCAUUCAUUUUGGAGUCUGGAAAGUUGCUUUUGACAAAACUGUCAGAAUCUGAUAGAGCUAUUGAACUUCUGUUCAAAAAGAUUGAAAGUGACACUGAUCUGGAAGCCUUUUCAAUCACAAGUUUUGGGGAGUUAUGGGAUGCCAUCUCCCAGGAGUCUUUGUAUAGAAGGCAGUGGAUUAAAGAGAUGGAUGAAACCUUAAUAAAGCUUGAAGUGGCUCGAGCUGAGAAAAUAAAAGAUUUACUGAGGAAAUAUACCAAGAUUCUGGAGGAUAUUUCUUAUCUCUCACUCUCUGAUGUGCACAGGUUCAUACAUACUGAAGCAAUGAUGAUAAACCAAGCCCUCCUAGCCAAUCAGAGGGCAAUAGCCAAGUUGUUUGUUAAUCUGAUGGAGGCAGACCUGAAGAGGGAGCUGUCUCAAUGGCUCAAGUGGCAAGAGAGGCUGAAGGACUGGAAAAUCAUACAGAAGGACUAUGUGGUUCGCAGUUUCAGAGAAUUUAUGGCAAGGAAGGAGGUAAAGGAACCCACAGCUGUAAAAAGAGACUUGGAGAACAUGAUAAAGGACCAGAUUUCACUUAGUAGAAAGAGAAUGGAGCUUCUGCAAGUACUUUGUGAUUUGUUGCCUCCGACACAUUCAAAAGCUGAGAUAAAUGAAUGGUACGAAUCUCUUGUGGCUUUAAACAAGUAUAUAGACACCCAUAAUGUGCAACAUAUGAUGAUAAUUCGCAUCCAAUAUGAGAGAGUUUGCCAGGAAUGUUUGGACAAUGUACAGCUAUGCAAGAAUAAACUGUUGAGUUUAAAAGUUUGCACAGAGAAAGAGGCUGAAACAGUUGUGAAUCCUGACUUCUUCAAGAUGGUUGGAAGGCUGCAGAGUCAGUUUGAACAGGAGCUGGAACAGAUGGAUAGAGACUUUGAGGAUCUGGCUAAACAUAUUGAACAGGAUUGCAAAGACUUGUACAAAUAUUUCCAGCAAGCUAUUGUCCUCUGGGAUGAACAUCAGCUAAAACUGUCCCAGCAAGAAAAUGAACUUCAGGUGAAACUGAAUGAGUGCCGGCGGAAGCAUGAAAACCUAAAUCAGAUAAGGGAAGCUAAUCUGGAUAUAAUUUUGGACAAACUGAGGACACAAAGCUCUGAGGGAAAGCUGAAGAAUCUUUUAGGAAAGGCCUUUGCUUCUCUGGAUGUCAUUAGAGCCGGCAACCUGGUAUUUGACAGGUAUGAGGCCUUUCACCAAGACAUAGUGAAGAUAGUAGCAUCCUACCCAGAAGCUAUACUGAAGGAAUUGAUUUCUUAUAGUUCAUCCAUUGGCCAGUAUUUUAGCGUGAAGGAAGUCUAUAAACAGGUGGGCUCUGCAUUUGAAGAGCAAGACUCAGAAGUUGAAAAUAUGGCAGAGAUGACAGGGGAUAGCCUUCUACAAGAAACUGAAGAAACGGAGCAUCAGGCUGAGAGCUUUCCACAAGGAAGUACAGAAUCAGAGCAGCAGGUUGAGAGCCUCACAAACAAAACUGAAGAAACAAAUACAGUUGAGAAUGAGGAGAGCAUUGUACAAGAAACUGAGGAAGCAGAGAAACCAGGGGAUGGGGAGAGCACAGCUCAGGAAAGUGAAGAAACUGAACACUUAGAGGACAGUGCAGAAAGUGAAGCAAAUAGGUUUGAGGAUGGAGACAGUCCUGCACAAGAGUAUGAAGAAAUGGAUUAUUUGAAAGAUAUUCUUCCGGAGUCUGAGGUUCCGUUCCAUGAUUAUGGUGAGGCUGAAAGAUGUGAAGUAAUAGCAGAGGUGUUCACCACCUCUAGUGGGAACACUUACUCAGUCCUUGGACGUGAGGAGACAGGCAAGACCAAGACCUCCGAGAUCUAUUAUGCUGAAUUUGCAGAAAAAACACUUCCUGUGUACCUGGAGAAUGUGUUUGUACCAGACAGCUUUUUUACAGAGCUUAAGAAACGGAUCCGCCUCUGCUUUUUUGAGCACCUCGAGAAGUGGUUUGCCCAAUCCUUGUCCAACUCCUGGAUCAUUGUAACUGCCAAGAAAGAGGAGCUGAAUUCGGAGCUGCAACUGCAUCUUCACAUGCAUCAGCCAAGGCGCGAGCGCAUAGAAAAGGAUAUCCAUAAUGUCAGGGCUGCGGAGCUGCUUCUUCACCAAGAGCGUCUGGAGUGUCACUGUGCAGGGGUGGUGGAAGCUCUGAACAAGGAGAAAAAUGAGUUUAUGAAACUCCGAGAGGACCAAAAUGACAUCAGCAAGAACUUCCGCAGAAGGAUCCAGGACAUGGAGGCCAUCUUCCUCAGUUCCACUAAGGCUGAAAAGUUGGUUGCUCUAAGCAACUCUCUGCACUCAGAGCUGCUUAAUCAUGUAGAAGUUAUCCAAAUAUCCCUGCGGAGUUACCGGAACUAUUUAGAAGAAGCCUUGGGGAAACUACGAGAUUCAAACGUGGACUUUCUUAAAGCUUGCAGAUUAUUUUCAGAGGGAGGUAACUUUUCUCCAGAAGAGGUGGAGUUCUUUUGUAAGCGUCUGGAGAAAGAAACAGGACGCAUUGACUUCAUUGAAGGCUUAAUCAUGAUUGAUAUGGAGAAAAUGGAGUCAAACUACUUAGAGCAAGCUACUGAGGUUAUCAACAAGUUUGAAACAAAAUUCCAUAAUCUUGCAAUGGAUCGUCUUUUCAUGGAGAAAAUCCAGCGGUUUCUAACAAAUCUACAAGUGAAAAUCAAAUCAGAGGUGGCAAACUCCAAUUUACAGGCACAGACAUUAAACUCCUCUUUGGAGAAAUUCCUUAAGAAAAUAGAUGCUUGUGCUCAUCCUACUGUGGAUAAAGAAGUAAGUUCCAAAGACACAGCACGUAGUUGUAUGAUGUGCAUGAUUGUCUGGGUAUUUAGAAGCUACAUAGCUCUUAAUUUUUGUUUCAGAAUUCAGCAACCCAAGAAAUCUCCAGAACUGCGGUAUGAGAGAGAUGAUCGCUCACAGUCAGUAGCAGGAGCGAUUUAUCAACCCGUUUAUCAACCCAUUUAUCAACCCAUUUAUCAGCCGAUUUAUCAAGCAACUUAUCAGGUUCCCACAGCACAGAGAGGUUCUGUUUCAAAUCUGCAUGCUGAAAGUCCCCAGAACUCUGUUCCUUAUGGCAAUUUAUCUGUAGGACCCAAGAUGUCUACCUCUGUAAACAAAAAGUUCUCAGUGGGGAGCAUACAAAAAUACUCGAGAUCAGGUCGAAUUGACAAGAAGUUCCACAUCUUUGGAGAGAAGCCUAAAGAAUCUGAUCAUUUUAAGGGGAUUAUCACCUGUAUUCUCUGGGAGGGUAAUGAUACCUUGCUGUAUCUUGCUGAGGAGUUUUACCGAAAGGAUAAGCAUCAAAUCACAAGGCCUGAAUAUCUGCAAGAGACAUUUGACCAUUGUGCAGAAUUGUUUGGGCAGAAGCUCCUGUCUUAUCAGAGCCAGACGGAUGAUUACCAUAAUUCCUGCCUAAUAGAGUUCUGGGAUCAGUUGAAGUUGUUUGAAGAACAACUCCCUCAUGUCUCCCAUCUGGUUAUCGACAGCCUUCUUAAAGAGCAUGAGCAGCAGCUCAGACACUCCACUGAUCAGAUCCGGCAACUCUUCAGAGAACAGCUGGAAGAAUGGGACAAUGCAAAGGCUGAGAACAAGAACAAACUGCGUCCAGCUCUGGGGCACCCAGACAACUUACCCCAGCUGGAGGUUUUGUGCCAGGAGGAGUUAAAAAGACAAAAAGACCAAGCUGAUGGGAUACUCUUUAACACUCAGAAACUGCAGGCCUGUGCUGCUGAGUGUGCCCAGAAAUUUGUUUCUGCGCUAGCUAGCCUCACAGAAAACCUGCUUCUGGAGUUAGAUGAAAGUAUCACCGUUGAUGAUGUACAAGUAGCAAAAAUUGAAAUGCCGAAAGAGAAGAUCUCCACCUUAAUCCGUCGUAAACGAGCUGGGCUUUCUUUAGAGAUCCAUGACAUUAAGCCGUUAACUGAACGUGGCAGCAGGACCUGGCCAGGAAUACCGAAGACCACGCUCACAGACGUUCCAGACCAUAUUCUCUGCAGAGAAACUGCCUCUGUGACAACAGCCAAAACUACUCUGGGUCAUGUUUCAGCAGAAGAAGCAAGAGAUGCAGCCUAUGUGAAAUAUAAGCAUAAGCUGGAAGAGGAGUUUGCGAAGAUUAAGGAGGAAAAGACAGCCCAGUUAAUGAAGGCUCAACGCUGGGAGGGUUGGUGGAAACAAUCCGUUCAGAAGAUAAAGCAGCUGUAUGCUUGAACCUCGUGUUACAUAUACAUCUGUGUUAAUAAUAUAUCAGUGACUUUGUUCUACAAAUAAAACUUUAUACUUUACUUUAUUAGAGGAAAAA